AUGCCGCCGCCGCUAUCGCAGAGGUCCGAUGAGAACUCCUCCGAAGAUGAGGUCUCGGAUCCGGGGUCCCUUGAGGCCGUUCCAGAAUCUGACUCUCUCCAGAAGCUACGGGAAAGUGCAAUGGAUGUCCUAGCCUCACGCCUGACUUCUCAGUAUACUGGAACGACUGGGAAUCACGUCACAGGCAAGCUCAUUAACAACGUUAAAAGAGCGCCGGCGGAUGACUUUGCAAAUGAUCACGUCGCAAAGUAUCCCAAGCUUGAUCAAGAAGAAGAAGAGUCUGAUGAAGAAGAGGAAGAUUCUAGUUCUGAGGAGGAUGAAGAGGACGAGGACGACGACGAAGAGGGCCAAGAUCUUGUGGGCAUGAGCCAUCUGCUGCCAGACGAGCAGGCUUGCGCACGCUGCAGAGGAGUCAAAAUCAAAAAGCGUUAUGUGGGCGGGACCUUUGUUGGUUGUGUGGCAUUUGCAGACUCAGAAGAUGCUAAACUAACGGGUGGUGCUUGUGCCAACUGCUGGUAUGGGCGUCAGGGUUCCUUGUGCAGUUUCCGCAACCCAGCCGGCAAGCGUAAGGAACGGUUAGGUGCGGCGCGAUAUAAUCCCUUGCUCAUCUCCCCACCACCACCACCACCACCACCACCAGCAGCAGCAGAAGGACAACCGAUGGAGCAUGGGCAGCAGCUUGAGAAUACUGGUCAAGUGCAUCCGGCAUUCCUGGCGUCCGUCUCAUCCGUUUCUCCGGCUUACACACCUUUUCCGGACUACUACCCCCACAUGGAGGCCCAAAUUGCCCAGCAGAAUAACGGCGAACCCCCGAGCCUAUUACGCCCAGAUAGCAGUCCUAGUGUGAACAAAGUUACGGCCUGGGAGACGAGAUAUAGAAGGAUGUCGACGGAUAAACUCAGGGCUACUCAUGGGAACUUGGUCGAGUGGCAGGAAGACUUGAACACGCGAUUGCUCGCCAUGAACAAGGUCUUGCUGGACAGGUUGGAGAGGAGAGAGAGUAGUCAUACGAGUUAG